AAUAGAGGAAAGAACAACGGAUGAAGAGACGAAAAAUAUUGACGGCGAUGAGGCCCCAGAGGAAAACGAAAAAGCAAAUUCUCUUAACGGAGACGCUGGUGCUGAUACUCCUCCUUUGCAACAGACAGAGAACAUGCUUUCACCCAGAAACCCAGAGAGUGACAAAAGCGCUGGUGCUCCUGAUCAAGAUCAAGAAUCGGCUAUAAUGAGGAGUCCUAGAACUCUCGUGCGGUCACCUAGAAUUCUGCAGGCUCAGCCUACCGGACACGGCCAUGACGAUGAUGACCCUACGUUUUCUUCGUCCAAUUCAGAGACAGAAAAAAACUUUCUUGCACGACCUUCAGGAGAAGGAGGAGAGGGCGGCAAAAACGAGAACCCGCGACCACGUCAGGAGUCGAGCUUUUUCGUGAAGCAAGCCGACGCGGAGGCGCUAGAAAAGCGUAUCAUGCAGCAUUUCUACGAUCUGCAGGCUCACGUUGAGACGCAACAAAUGUUACAGAUGAAAAUCGUCCAACGUCAAACAGAAGAAGGCAACAAACUUGAUGAAGCGACAACGAGACUGGCUGAGUAUGAAGCCCAGUGGGAAGAACGUGGGUUCGAUCGUGAAGCUAUAACUCGCACGGAGUUCCUAGAGCACGUUGAUUCGAUCGUGAAGCCUCAAAUUGCUGCUGUGAUUCAGGAUUGCAGCAAUAUGGAGGAAAAGAUAGCUCUCGUGCAAGCAGACGUUGCGACUGAAGUGAUGCCGCUCUGCAAACUGAACAAAGGCGACAUCGAGGCAAUGGGAAUUCGCGUAGAUGCGAAUGCCAAGCAAGUUGGCGACACAGCUGCAGAGGUGGUGGGAACACGACAGGAAAUACGCGCAUUAUUAAGGCCGCUAGGUUUUCACUAUCGUCCCAUGUGGACUGUGUUGAGACUGAGAGAGGUCCCGUUGGAUUUAACGGGGAACCCAAGAAGGGGGAAAGCAAGAGGGGGACUCACCGCAACAGGGGAAUCAUCGUGAAAAAAAUGACUAGCGCUAACAUUGGGAAAAAGUUGCGCGGCUACGGCGGCGAGAGAAGCGAUUAACCGUGCUACCGCUAAUGCGACCGUAGCGAUGCUGCAGCAGUGGCAGGUGACCGCAGAACAAAGACUAGCUGCCGUAGAGUCAACAUCCAGUAAGUCUUCAUCUGUACGACCAGGUGCUACAACAGCUUUGAGUGAAGAAGUCCAGAACAUGUUGCAAGAAAAAGACCAGCUUGAAGGCGGUUUGCAACUAGAAGGUGCAUCUACGUCAACUAGCGAGAUUCUUGUCGCACGAGAAUGUACGAGGAAAAGCAGGGCGUCUGUUUUUGGUCCGAAAAAGAGUCGAAGGUCCUCUGCUGCAGCUAUGGCUGCUCACCGUGACGAGAGCACGACUGCCGCCCUUGUCGAUAUUGCUCAAGACCGUCGCAGCGCAAGGUUCAAAGCAGACGGACAAGGAGAGGCUUUUCGCGACGAUGUAGGAGACGCUGUUGCAUCGUCGUUGACAGAAACAGGAGCCGCACCAGGAGCAGCCGGUGAAGUGAUCAACACUGGAGGAACGUUAAAAAACGACGCAUCAUCACCAAGAACAACAGCCAUCUUCUCAUCUGAAGAAAUGAAGAGCAGAAGGUCCUCAAUGGCAGAGGCCAGAGCAACAGGAGCUUCAUCCACUGGUGCAGCAAAUGUUGUCAGUACAGAUAAUUAUAUGCUACCACCACAACAACCAUUUUUAGAUGCCAAACAGCUUGAGGCUUUCACCUUGCCUCUCCUAGAAGAUCUAGAAUCACGCUUACGCCUGGAAUUCGCAGAACAAGUACGGGAAAACGCCUCAGCGUCCGUGGAGGAGGUUUUUCGGGCCAAACUAGAUGCCGAAGUAUGUCCGAAUCAAGAAGCUCUACGUCAGCAACUUGAGGAAGCUGUGACGUCGGCAUCGCGCGAUCGCCGCGAAAUCGAGCGCCGACUAACCGAAGAAACACAAGCUUCUCAAACGAGGUCUCAAGCUUUCAAGGACGACUUGGCGAAUGUGGUGGAACGUGUCAAUAACAGCGAGACACAAAUACUAGCAUUGGUCGAAAAAGUUUCUAAGAUUGUUGAUCAUGAUGAUGUUGGUGUUGCCGACGGCGGAGGUGCUCACGCUCAUGCUGUAGCUAGACGAACAACUACCGAUCGACAUACUCACACUGAACAUACUGGACUUUUGGGGGCGGUCGACGAAGCAGUACCUGAGUACCCGACCACAUCUGUCGACAGCUUUGUAGUCGAUCAAAAAGAUGAGCACGGCGGUGCAAACAAGAAGAACAGCACAAUCUCGACACUGGGAGAAUCCAGAGUAUCGUCCUCGUCUACUUCGGGACCGGCGGCGACUCUGCAAGACGAAGAACAAGUGAAAGAUGGCAGCACUUCUCGAAGAACGCAGAGUGUUCAGAGAGACGAGGUGUCUAGAAGUGCCUCUAUGUCCUUAUCAUCCUCUUCUCAUGAGCCAACAUCAGAACCACGGAAAGUAGAACGCGCGUCUCGACGCCCCUCAGGAGCUGCCGAAUCGAUGUCCCGAGAACUGCAUCAGGCAAGGCAAGACCUCCAGGAUCUACGAAGUCGUGCGAGUUCGCGAGAGACGAAGAAGCAGAAUGCCGCUAGCACAGUUGACGACGAAACCGAGGUCCUCCUCGAAGAAGGUCCCCCUGUUCGCGGAGGAACUGCGGUCAUGGCUCCAGUGCCAGAACAGGAUGCUCAAGGGAUCUCUAUAGAGACCACUAGGGGGGCAUCGAUUCGCGCAAGUGCAGCUCAGAGUAGUCUAGGUAUUUUGCGUCUAAACGAUCGCUAUCCGACUAGAAUGUCGACUGGGGGAGAUGGCGGAGUGGAUAGUAGUACAAAGAAAUCUGUGCAGUUUUCUGGUGCAUCUAAUUCCCUACUGCAAGCCUUUCCACAUGACGAAAAUGCAAAUGGACACAUUGACUUCCUGAAUAGCAAUAACGUCAACAACAGAAGCAGCGUGCAGGUUUGUUCUAAGGACGACCUAGCACUAGUGGAAAAGCAUCUCGAGUCCGACCUUGUCAAUUGUGAGAAGGAUAUGCACGCUCUUCGCACGCGUGUGCUGGCCUUGGAAAUGACGACGCGGGACUCUCUAGCCGUGAAAGUCCAGCAACUCGAAACGCAGUUGGGGGAGCAGAAGCGACGAAACAACACGAUUGUGCAGGACUUAGCAGCAAUCAGGCUCAGCGUUGAUGCCACGUCGAAUGCUCCUGCGUUGGGUGUAGGAGAGAUAGAAACUUCUAGAACUACACUUCAAUCGCGAGCAACAUCCUUAGCUCCGCCAGUCCUCUUGGAAACUACAGCACUAGUACAACAAGGUCAAGUUAGUAGGACAAGGGUUAGUGGUGAGAACAGUGGUCUAGAACAAGUAGGUCGAGUACCACAAUCGCUAGCAUCUUCUAUCGAGCGACACAAAACUUCUGUAAUCGCAACUUCUGGCCCCACUCCUAGAAGUGCAUUAGAAGAAAGUGCUGCAGUUCUUCCACUGGAGGCUCUUGCUGACGUCGCUGCAAAUAGAAGUACCGCAGUACUAGAGAAAGUACGAGGAGCGGAGCUGCUUGGAGCACCAGCUAGUUGUAAUUCCGACGAUCUGCUUCGUGCCAAAGCAAGCGGCAAACAAACACCCAGUUUCGUCGACUCCCGACAAUUUCUCUUAUUACGUUCUGCCGUAUUGGGUCUUGCGGCGACUGUCGAGAAGAAUGGGGAGAAACUGCGAACGCUUUCCGCCAACCCACGACUACAACUUGGAACAGCGCCUACAACUGCAGAACCGUCAGAAGAUGGAGACUCUUCGGUUUCUUCAUCUUCUGAGAAAGGUUCUUUUCACGCCUCUCACGAUGACAUCGGCGAUUUGUCGAGGUUCGACGAUGUUGCUUCAGACGAGCAAGAUGCUCUCGUCGAGGACAAGAAUGACGCCAUCACUGGCACCAGUGCAUCAUCAGUAUCAUCAUUCUUGUUGCAAGAAUCAAAGUACAACAAAGCAAGCACCAGUCUCCACAAGCUUAGAACUAAAGACGAAAGUACCGAAGAAUUUGACGCUUUCCUAAAAGCUACUGAAGAGAUGCACAAGAGUUUGGCGGAGCGAUUGCAGCAUCUCGAACGUGCCCAAGAGGAAUUUGCUGAAAGAGAAAGAGAAGUGUCUAGAAAAAUCUCAUUGAUUCCAGCUCAUCUGACAACCUCUACACGAGGAGCAGGAGGAUCUUCUUUGUCCUUACCACCUGCGGCCGGUGGUAGUCAGCAGCAACUUCUAACUUAAGGGUUUUGGAAUUGCAUUCCUCACUGCCAUCCUUUUCCCUGACUCUUUUCCUAGUAGAAAAGAGACCAGGUGGGACGAGGCCAGGGAUGUUCUGAAGAGUGUGAGGCCAGGUGGGAUGUUCUGAAGAGUGUAAUUUUUCCGUAACCUCUAACUAAGACAAACACAAGAACCGUCCUCAAUAUCCUCUCCAGACCCACUUGGGAGAGCAGUCGAAAUGAGCCUCCGCGAGGCAGGUACGAUGAGCACUUCCUCAACAACUUCUGUCAUUAACUACGUUGAGGAGGUUAGCACGGUAGCGGCUGUGCUGGUAGACGACAAAGUAGAGAAAAUGAGCAAGAGUAUUCGCCUCGACUUGUGGAACACCUUGCAAGAGAUGAACCUGGCGAUGAACGAGAAGUUGCAAGCUAUGCUCAGUGAGGGUGCUGAUUUGCGGUCAAGUGAGGCUUCGACGGUGUCGAGAAACACAUCUUCUAGAGAACAAGGUAGGGAUGAUAUAAUUGGUCAAGCUCCUGCUGAAGGAAAGAGAUCAGUGCGGUUUUCGGAAGCAGAUCAUGCAGUUAGUCUUGAAAAUGCUGAGACUCUUGCAGCUGGUGAAAUGUCAUCUAAGGAUGGAGAUGGUGCUACAUCUUCUUCUUUGAGAGUUGUUGCAUCCUCUACUUCCUCUCCAGCAGGUCUUACAACAACGGAAGAACCCAGAGAUAGCGCCACUCGCGAAAGAGGAAAAAAUAAGAAAUUGUCCAAGAAAUUAUCGAUGCAAUUGAGUCCUCGAGCAUUGAGUCGAGCAAAAACGGGAAUAAGUUCUGAUCGGAUAUUGCGGGAUACGCGUACAGUACUAUCGACCGACGUGGAAGAGCAAGUGGCAGCCUUAACAACAAGACUUGCAGAACUAGAAAAGCAGUUAAUGGCAGCUUCCUCGUCAAUGCAGCGGUCAUCAUCUCAACAAAGAGAGAAGGAUAUUGAGUAUACCAGAGGUUCUACCACAUCUGCUUCGGCUUCAAUAGGUGGAGAUGCUCUUGGUGGAUGUCUUACCAUUACGAACAAGAAAGACGACAACGAUAAACUGCUGAAGAAGAUGUACACUGGUACUCUACAAUCUACCUCACCACGCGAAUCGAGUCGCGUCUUUGCUUCUUCGGUGGCUGCAGAUGUUACGAAAAGUGAAAGUCUUUGUCGUUCUUCAUUCAUCUGAUUCAUUGCAUCUUGCAAUUUUUCCUUCUUGUAAGUAGAUCCGCAUCCUCGUCCUUCGCAACCGCAAGUACUAAGUAAGGUAGAAGUGUCAAAAUUUGUUCUCUUCUCAUUCUCUAAUGGUAAGCACGAUCCUGAUGGAGUCGAGUGGUCACCGAAGUUGACGAUGAUUGCCAACGAAAGUACUAGAACUUCGUCGACGAGCACCAAACAAGACGACAACAAUGCCGCUGUCGAAGAUGAUGCACCAAAUUCUGCUGAUGCAGGAGAUACUCCCGAUCUUGCUGCAGUUCUAACUAGUAUCGAGCUUCAGCAGCGAAGAGCAGACGAAGCUCUUCUUCGGCUGCAGAGCGAACUGGCUUCGAUAGUACGAAGACAAGAGUCUAGUGCUGAUGAGAUUGAGGAGAAAUUGCAGAAUCGGAUAGAUACUCUUCACGGAGAUUUGCAAGCGGCAGAAUUGAGGCUGUUAGACCGAAUCUCGGAGAACACAAGUGGAGUAGCCUUGUUGUCUUCUGAAAGCAAAGCAGCUCGUCGUGAGCAGAUGAAGGAGAACGAUGUUCUUGUCCUCGGUGGAGAAGAACGAGUGAAGGACAUACUAGCCGCAGAGCUAGAAAGGUCUCUUGUGGAUGUGCGUGCGCAACUCGAUGCACGUCUUGCGAGCGAGGUGGCGAAGUUGGAUGCCAAGAAAACACAAACCUUCUUGAAAGCAGUGGAUGAGAAAAUUGCUAUUGCCGGACAAAAGUUGGGAGACCAACUACCUGUUGUAGUAUCUACUCCACCGAUUUCUUCAUCCGAAACAAACGAGGCACCGAUGAGGCCCUCUUCGAGUACAGCCAAUCUCUCAGCGUCAGCUGCCAAGGAAAACCAAAUAUCAACUCGACUCGAACUCCUGCAGAACCAGACUUCCUCUCUAGAGACACGACUCGCUGCCCAGGAGGAACAACAUCGAGCCCUCGAUGCCAAGCACUCAGUGCAACUGGAGACCAUUAGCCAACUCUUAGAGGCCCAACAGACUGUACAACAAGAGCAAGUGGGAUUGAUGCAAAGGAACCUACAACAGUUAACAAGUUUGGAGCCAAGAGAAGGGCAAAGAGAGACUUCCUUAUUUGAGCAAUUGUCGAGGAGUCAGGGAUCCGCGUUUGAUUAAGGGUUGCCACAUUACAUCUCCCACUAGCAACAUCGUUGACCUCUUUUCAAGUACAGAGAAUAGGUCAAUAAGGGCUUUAUCUGAAGAAUGUUGUAAUCUGGCAACCUCUAACUUGAUCCGUCGUCAGGAACUCAAGGGUCCGUAUUUGACCCUUUGUCGAGGACUCAGGGUUCCGCUUUUGUGCCCACAGCCGAACAAGCAGAGCCAGUGAAGAUCACCACACCUGCCGUUCUUGCUACUAGUGGAAUCACAGCAGGAACCGCUGCUUCUAGUGGCUCCUCAGCCUCCAAAGCAACAGCAACAGGCAAAAAUGACAACAAGACCCCUGAAGAACCUGAUGCUGAUGCACAGAAUGAUCAGAAUACCCCUUUGAUCUCUUCUUCUCCUUCAAACAGGCCACCUUCAGUUCGAUUUAGAAAGAGCCGUGAAGAAUUGAUGGCGGCUGCAGGACUCAGCCCUACUGUGCCGAAGAGAUCAUCUACGAGUUCAACGACAAGGACUAGAAGCCAGUCUGAGCUGCCAGUGAACAAACGGAGCAGUGGAUCUGCUUCACGAGCAUCGAUUACAACACUUCUGAAUUCGUCUGCUAGAAGUAAGAGCAUUAGCCUCAAUGCUGGUUCUGCUGUUGAAGAACAAACAUUAAAAACAUCAGCAGUUCAUCUUGUGAAUGCCGAUCGUGCUGAAACUUCAUCAACAACGACGGAAAUGAGUGGGAACAAAACUGAAAGCAUUUUCGCGCAAGCCAAGGCCUCUGUUGCGAACGAGCUACAGGAUGUGCAACGGCGAAUCGACUCGAAGACUGCUCCGCUGGAGGACGGAGAUGCUCUACGUGGUCCCUCUGGAGGUGGUCCAGAUCUGGUUCUCGCACAACGCGAAGAAGUGGAGAAGCUUGUAGAGGACAGGUUUUUGACAUUGUCCGCAGACUUAACGAGCAAUGUUGCACGUAUCGUUGACGAUUUGCUGGUAGCAUUUAGUGCAAACAUUGGAGAAACGAUGACGACCGAUGAUUAUCAACGCUCGAGUGGUACUGGUGUGGUAUCUUUUGCGCCAACGGCGGAGAUCCGUCAGCUUAAUGCUGAUAGUGGAGACUCUGGGUCUGGCGAAGAUCUUUCUUCGCCUUCACAACCUCCUCGUCCUGGCAGUGGGAACAUGAUUCCCCCACAAGUGUCAGAAGAUGCUCAAGUUCUUGGACGUACUACACCAGAUCCAGACUUCUCCGCGAGAACGAGCUCGAGUACUAACAGGGUAGUUUCAGUUUCUAAAAAUCGCCGCAGUAACUCUGCAGAUUUCUUAGGUCGUCGGACUCGGCAAUCUUCCUUGCAUCUACCAAGUGCACCAGCACUCUCGGAUUUCGACCUUGAAGACAUUAUGGAUGAAUUGGAAGGCUCCCUAAGGCUGCAGUCACUGGUGGAUCACAAAGUUGGCCAAAUAGUGCGGAACAUUCUGCCACCGCUGGUCCGAGAUCUGGUCAUGAUCGGUCUCACAUCAGCGGCGGUGGAUGAAGAGCGCCGGAAGGAAGGACAAGGAGAAGGAGAAGGAGAACAACAGAAUCAGACGAGUACGAGCAGGACUUCUAGGUCAACAGGAACUAGUAAGAUUACCUCUACUAGUCCGAUUCCGAUCAAUGAUCUUCGUGAACCGACGAAAAAUGAACGUGAACCUACAACAGUGCUCUCUACUUCGCCAACAUCUCAACAUUUUUUACCCGCCACUUCUGCUGGGGUGCCCAACGGGACUGUCAUUCGCGAGGUAGUCGUGCGAGAAGUGGAGGCUGCUUUGAAUGCAAGAAAGGAACAGAUCUUGUUCUCUAAAGAACAACAGCAACGAGGCUCAUCUUCUCUGUUUCUUUCGCAACCAACAAGACAAGCACCAAAAGAGCUUGAACUACACACAGAUCAAGUUGUAGGAACUUCUUCACCUAGUACAACUGCACCUUCAGGGGCUCUUGGUCCUGCUCCUAACGGAGUUGUAGACCAAAGAAGGCUCGCAGAGGACCUGAGGCUGGAACUCGGUGCUGAACUGAAGGAAUUGCGUCAGGAUUUGAAGUCACAGAUUGCGAAAGAUCUACAACAACGCUUUCAUCAGAUGGAGCUGGAAAUAAAGACAGCUACAAGUCUGAGGAAUAAUGCCUCUUCUCCAUCAAAUACAAAUUUUGUGGCUGACGCUGACAUAAUUGGAAAUGCAACCUCAAAGCUUUCAGGGGCUGACAACGCUGAUAUGAUUGGAAAUAAAGUAGAUCACAUCCACAAGGAGCAUCAGCAGCUGCGUCAAAGGGUAGACUUUCUCGAUUCGAGUCGGGGGAUGCUGCGAGAAGAAGUCGGGCAACUGCGAAAAGAAGUACUGGGACUCCAGGGCAGGGUAGGCGAGAUACUGGCGUCUUCUGUGUUGGGUUCUUUGGGUGGCGGUACUAAAAACAGCAAUACAAGUAGCGCUCCUUUCGCGGGAGCCGCAGGUACAUCAAGAAGUGGAAGUAGGAGUAUUAAGGCGUACCGUAAUUCAUCUUAAAAAGCAUAUUUGGCCAUGGGCAUGACCCCUUUAUAAUUAGAGGAAAAACGACUGCUAAGAUGUGGAUCCGUACUAGCUUGUAGGAUUUUAGUCCUUCAUAGAGUCUUUUUCUGCUUCAAACAAUCAACAACGCCGCAAAGAUGCUUUUCAAGAUGAAUAUGGCAAAGGUCUAAGAGUAGCAGCAAGAAAAAUGUAGCUUUUAGUCCUGAAGAUGGCACUAGUGGUGGAGCAGAAGGAGCGACAACAGGAGUUGAUUCUGUAAUUUUUGAUGGAGGAGAGGGGAGCUCCUCUUCCAUGACAAGCAUGGCGCAGCAGAUGGAGGAGAUCCGCAACCUGCGGGAACGGGAGCAGCACGCGGCAAAAAUGAUAGAACAACCUCUGUCGCUGAUGGACAAAGAUAAUGCAAUAAGUAGGACUAACAUCAAUGAACCACAGCAGGGCGUUAGAAGCACGACUACUGCUCCUGCCGAGAAGAAAUCUACUCCAGUAGGAGCACUGCAUGUACAUCACACAAGUUCUAGUUCUCUGGAACAAGCACCACGUGGAGAAAACGAGCCUGGUAUUUAUACAACGUGGACGUAGUCACAAACAUUUUUACUUAGACGGCUUCUAUUUGUUGUUGCAUGGGAUAAACCUAAUUUAGUCGAGGUGAAAGCUAACCGGUUGUCUUACUUAGUGCUUUGAGCGCCGCAGGGCCUAAACCUUCUAUUUGUCUGAAAAACGUCUCUUAUUUCUAUUUAACUGAUUCACUUUUCUUCCACUUUCACCAAAAAAACACCAGCCCGCAGCUCAUCGUCCAGCAAAAAACCGCAUGGGCCUCUAAAUGUCCAUCAUGAAGGAACACACCUUGAGGAAAAUGCAGAAACAUCAUCUUCUGCCGAAGAGACACACUACUUCUGGGAACUGUUGCCCGCCUCUACAACAACGGGUGUAGUUGAGCAAAUUCCUGCUGAAACGAUGGACUGGAUCCAUGAGCAAACGCGUGCAACAAGUACUCAACAGUCCUCCAAAAAGACGAAACCUGUGGUGCAGCAUCAUUUUCUGAAAGCCGACGCAAGCGCCCGACUGGGUGAAAUGCUAGAUCGUGCGGCUUCAAUGAAGGAGUUGGAAAAUGAACCGCUAUUAAACGGUAGUGCUGGCGCACAGCCAGGAGAUACUCGGAGCCGGUACAUGUUCUUUAACGACAUGCAGCAACGACUGUACAAGGAGGAGGACGAUGACGAACAACCUGCAGGAACAAGGGUCGUAAAUUCUCUUGAAGAUGUUGAUCAGCAGGCUGAGGUGCAGGUACAGAAGAAGCAAAAGGGUGGUAUAGACGAGAUGAGUGCCAGUUCUAUGUCAUCCAGGGGAGGCGAUACUAAUACUUGUGAAGAAAGCAAGAACGAGAUAAACACCAUCAAGACCGAAAGCGGAGAACGAGGCGAAAAGAAAGAACACACCUAUCGUUCGAGCGAAAAGAAAGAACAUACCUACCAUCUUCGUAACGAUGAAGCUCCAGAGAACAUAUAUCAGCGUGUGCCUGUGGAGCUUCAUCGUGACGAAGUAGAGAACAAGAAGAUAGUGGCGCCACUACAACUUGCUGACAUGGUAACUUCGGAUCAUCAUCCCCUCCCAGUGCGUCCGCCAGAAGAAGAUACCAGAACUAGAGACCCCCAUAAUGCAGACUCCUCCAAUAAUGGAGACUCCCAUAAUGUUGUAGUGGGAACCCCCAGUCCUCCAAAAAAGCGCAGGCAUAGAUUUUUCACGGCGCUUUGAAGUAACACGACCUGAUGGAACGCACAAUCCAAUGAUCUCAAUCCAAUAGAUAAUCCAACGAACUAGAACUAGUACUUGAACUACUUUUCAUGAAAUGUUGAUUAUAGCCUAGGCAUAGAUUUCUCUCUCGUCUCAAUCCAUUACACUUCGAAGAAACAGCGAAAACUGCAAAGCAUUGAACAGAGAUGAAUUACGACAACAACAAAAAUGAAAACCCGAAAGCAAAGCUUGAGUUUGAUACUAUUAAUAAGAUAACGCGACCUUAUGGCCGUCUCUGGUCUGUCUUCCCAAGUGAAACUGAAAAUGACGUGAACGCAGCGAAAAUGAUGAUUCAAAAUGAACUUGAAGUUUGUUGAACACCCCACUAAGAUGGCUG